AUGUUUUUAAGUCCCGUAUAUAGCAUGCAUAUUUCUAGUUCGGUUGAAGAGCUAAGUAGGCUAAGUUUCUUUAAAAUCACUGACGACCAAAGCGCAGAUGGUGAUGAGGACGAAGAUGAGAUGCCUGUAAGACAAGCUCCUAGUCGGGCAAGGGUAAUCGUAAAUCCUAAUGUCGAUGACAUUUUCGACUUACCGAUGCCAGUACCUUUGACAGAGCAGCAUUAUUCGCCUAAAGAAGUCUCUCUAGAAACUAUUGUCCUUGCAACCUUCGAAAUUAGAUCUCCUUGCCUCAAUGAGGUCAUUGAAAGCACUGCAUCCUCUCCAGCAUUUAAGUCUAAUAUGAAAUAUGACGUGCGAAUAUCGGCGGAAAAAGAUAACAGAACAGAGGAUUCUUCUAUUUCAGAGAUUGCAGGUCCUUUGGACGAGGCUUAUCAACCCGGUACCCCUAUUUCCGAAGCGAUGCCGGUUAAUACUACCACUCCUGACAGUGAAAUAGAAUUCCAAAAUAUGGAGGCGUUUCGGCGACAUCUUAAAGCACGUAUUAAGGCAGCGAAACGUGGAGAACAGGCUAGAAGAAAUUGUCAAAUAAGUCAACCGGUGAGAAAUCAUACAUUCAAAGGAAUACAUAAUCGUAUAUUGAAAAGUGACAGUUCUAGGAUUUUAAGGCCAAUGCUGUCGCAUACUGGCAAGUCCACAAGCUUGCAGUCUACCAAGAGAAAGAAUGUGACUGAAACCGACGGAAUCUCGAAAGAUUCGUCACUUACUUGCUGCGUUGGAAGAAAGCCACCGCAAGAAAUUUCACAAAAUGUAAAGAAAAAAUACAAGGAAAAUUGCCAUGUAUACAAAUCAGAAGAUAUCGGAACUGGUUUGUCCACAUCAUUUUGCUGCCCUUAUUCUGGCCGAAAAUCCUGGCUCGGCAACAGUGAAAGUUCUUCUUACAAUGGGGCGCAGAAGGCGGAUCUAGAUUGUCUUCCUCACAAUUCAGUUGUUCAAAAGACUGUACAGAACUCAAGGGAUGCACGUGAUUCAUUUAAGUUAGCUGGUGCUGAUACAAAUAAGGGCUCUUCUACAAUUUCUGGCAAUUCAAAUAGUAGCAAGGAGAGAUCAGCUGCCAAAAGGGAGCGAAAGGCCACAAAAACUUUGGCCAUUGUACUAGGUAGGUUAAAACUUAUAGCUCCUAUUCUGACGACUUUGAAUCUAUACUCUGUAUAG